AUGGUCUUCCAAGGAGCCAUCUGGCUCAUCGGGGACUCGCAUUCCUUUGCCUUGGUGCCCUGCCUCACCCCAAGCGCGACGGACGCCGGCUUCGACGUCUUCAACUACAGCUGGCCAGCGCACCACGCGUGCCACUUGGACUGGUCAAAGGUCAUCACCGUACUCGACAAGGUGGUCAAGCCCGACGAUGUCGUGGCCUUCGCAGCCUGCUUCUACUGCAUGCAGUGGUGCCUGGCACACUACGAAGAGCUGAUCACGCGCCUGGCUUCCUUCACGCGGGCCAAGACUGCCGCCCUGUCUGCAACAACCAACCUGUUAGUGAUCCCCUUUGCUCGGGAGCCUACGAGCCCACACGACAGAGAGUGGGAGUUUUCGUGGGUUGAAGUCUACACGGGGCUUUGGGGUCAGCAGUCUGGGACCUGCAGCUUCUUUGGCUUUACCUCCAUGUCUGCCGUUCAGCCGAGGGACUAG